AUGCCAUCGCUCAUCUCCUCCCUCACGCUCCGCACGCUACGGACUCUAGUCCAGCGUCCCUCCGCCAUCCCCUUCCCCAGAAAAACCACCACGCCGACCUGCUCGCCGCUCCUCCCGCGCUUCCAACCCGUCCUCCGCACGCCCUCCGCCAUCGCCGCCGCCGCGACCCCCGGCUUCCGCCAAUUCUCGACCUCCCCUCUCCGCCAGACGACGUAUAACCAGGUGCGGCGCGGCUGCCGGAGCGCGCAGCGGGCGCGCCGCUCGCGGUCCCCGGCGCUGAAGGAUCGGCCAGAGAUGAAGGGUGUGUGUCUAAAGACUGGUAUUACGAAGCCGAAGAAGCCGAACUCGGGGGAGCGAAAGACCGCAAGAGUUCGGUUGAGUAAUGGGAAGGUUAUUACGGCUUAUAUUCCGGGUCAGGGCCACAACGUCCAGCAGCACAGUGUCGUUCUUGUCCGCGGUGGUCGUGCCCAGGAUUGUCCCGGUGUGAAAUAUCACUGCGUCCGAGGUGCUAUGGAUCUGGGUGGUGUUUCCAACCGUUUGACGAGUCGAUCGAAAUACGGCACCAAGAAGCCCAAGAGCGAUUAG